AUGACGAAGAAUGUUGAUUCUCAAGCUUCUAAUACUGUAUUGCUGAAUUCUUCUUCAGAACAUAAUACUUGUUCUUCGUGGCGUUCAAGUAUUGCUUCAGAAUGGAAUGCUCGCCAUUCAACAGAUAUAAAAAAUACAUCCACUUUAUUUCCACCUGCAAUGAAUCCAUUUGGUGAAGAUGAAGUAUUAUCAAUGACAGAAGUACUGUUGACAGGUCGUUUAACAAUGGGCAUUGAAGUAGAGAAAGCUGAAAAGAAAUUUGCACAGAUAGUCGGAGUGCCAUAUGCUAUCAUGGAUACAUGUGAAUCAUUAGGUAGUUUUUCUAGUACUGAUAAAACAAAUGAACGCAAAAUGCUGGGCACAUUUGGAGACUUUGGUACUUUUUCCUUUUAUUUUUCACAUCAUAUUACGAGUGGUGAAUGA